GCACUCUCCUCGCUCCAGGCGCCCAGACUCUGAGACAGAGCGACGGCCAUCAUAGAACAGCGGAGGCAGUCGAUCGGCCUGCCGUCCGCUUCGGCAUUCGCAGGCCGCAGGCGGGAGGCUAGAGCCCCCAGGCGCACCUCGCCCCAACCGCCCGCGGCUCGGGCAGCUCUGGAGAGAGGUCGUGGCGGCAGGGCCAGCACCCAUUGGUCCGCCACAGCCCUCCGCCCUCCCCCUCGCCACGCUUAUUGGCCGGAGCGGCGGCGCCCGCCGGGUAGGCGGUGGCGGCGUCCCUCCCUUGCGCCGGCCCUCAAGAGGCGACGAGGAAGUGGCCGCCUCCCUGCGCCCCGCCCCUCCGGCUAGCUUGCUGGCUCCCGGCUCCUCCCGACGUCUCCUAGCUCCUCACGGCUCUUCCCGGCGCUCUCCUGGCUCCCUUCUGCUCCAGCUCCGUCUCGGCGGCGGCGGGCAGUUGCAGCGGUGCAGAAUGGCUGACCUCAGUCUUGCAGAUGCAUUAACAGAGCCAUCUCCAGACAUUGAGGGAGAGAUAAAGCGGGACUUCAUUGCCACACUAGAGGCAGAGGCCUUUGAUGAUGUUGUGGGAGAAACUGUUGGAAAAACAGACUAUAUUCCUCUCCUGGAUGUUGAUGAGAAAACCGGGAACUCAGAGUCAAAGAAGAAACCGUGCUCAGAAACUAGCCAGAUUGAAGAUACUCCAUCUUCUAAACCAACACUCCUAGCCAAUGGUGGUCAUGGAGUAGAAGGGAGCGAUGCUACAGGGUCUCCAACUGAAUUCCUUGAAGAGAAAAUGGCCUACCAGGAAUACCCAAAUAGCCAGAACUGGCCAGAAGAUACCAACUUUUGUUUCCAACCUGAGCAAGUGGUCAAUCCUAUCCAGACUGAUCCCUUUAAGAUGUACCAUGAUGAUGACCUGGCAGAUUUGGUCUUUCCCUCCAGUGCGACAGCUGAUACUUCAAUAUUUGCAGGACAAAAUGAUCCCUUGAAAGACAGUUACGGUAUGUCUCCCUGCAACACAGCUGUUGUACCUCAGGGGUGGUCUGUGGAAGCCUUAAACUCUCCACACUCAGAGUCCUUUGUUUCCCCAGAGGCUGUUGCAGAACCUCCUCAGCCAACGGCAGUUCCCUUAGAGCUAGCCAAGGAGAUAGAAAUGGCAUCAGAAGAGAGGCCACCAGCACAAGCAUUGGAAAUAAUGAUGGGACUGAAGACUACUGACAUGGCACCAUCUAAAGAAACAGAGAUGGCCCUCGCCAAGGACAUGGCACUAGCUACAAAAACCGAGGUGGCAUUGGCUAAAGAUAUGGAAUCACCCACCAAAUUAGAUGUGACACUGGCCAAGGACAUGCAGCCAUCCCUGGAAUCAGAUAUGGCCCUAGUCAAGGACAUGGAACUACCCACAGAAAAAGAAGUGGCCCUGGUUAAGGAUGUCAGAUGGCCCACAGAAACAGAUGUAUCUUCAGCCAAGAAUGUGGUACUGCCCACAGAAACAGAGGUAGCCCCAGCCAAGGAUGUGACACUGUUGAAAGAAACAGAGAGGGCAUCUCCUAUAAAAAUGGACUUGGCCCCUUCCAAGGACAUGGGACCACCCAAAGAAAACAAGAAAGAAACAGAGAGGGCAUCUCCUAUAAAAAUGGACUUGGCUCCUUCCAAGGACAUGGGACCACCCAAAGAAAACAAGAUAGUCCCAGCCAAGGAUUUGGUAUUACUCUCAGAAAUAGAGGUGGCACAGGCUAACGACAUUAUAUCAUCCACAGAAAUAUCCUCUGCUGAGAAGGUGGCUUUGUCCUCAGAAACAGAGGUAGCCCUGGCCAGGGACAUGACACUGCCCCCGGAAACCAACGUGAUCUUGACCAAGGAUAAAGCACUGCCUUUAGAAGCAGAGGUGGCCCCAGUCAAGGACAUGGCUCAACUCCCAGAAACAGAAAUAGCCCUGGGCAAGGAUGUGGCUCCGUCCACAGUAAAAGAAGUGGGCUUGUUGAAGGACAUGUCUCCACUAUCAGAAACAGAAAUGGCUCUGGGCAAGGAUGUGACUCCACCUCCAGAAACAGAAGUAGUUCUCAUCAAGAACGUAUGUCUGCCUCCAGAAAUGGAGGUGGCCCUGACUGAGGAUCAGGUCCCAGCCCUCAAAACAGAAGCACCCCUGGCUAAGGAUGGGGUUCUGACCCCGGCCAACAAUGUGACUCCAGCCAAAGAUGUUCCACCACUCUCAGAAACAGAGGCAACACCAGUUCCAAUUAAAGACAUGGAAAUUGCACAAACACAAAAAGGAAUAAGUGAGGAUUCCCAUUUAGAAUCUCUGCAGGAUGUGGGGCAGUCAGCUGCACCUACUGUCAUGAUUUCACCAGAAACCGUCACAGGAACGGGGAAAAAGUGCAGCUUGCCGGCCGAUGAGGAUUCUGUGUUAGAAAAACUAGGGGAAAGGAAACCAUGCAACAGUCAACCUUCUGAGCUUUCUUCAGAGACCUCAGGAAUAGCCAGGCCAGAAGAAGGAAGGCCUGUGGUGAGUGGGACCGGAAAUGACAUCACCACCCCACCGAACAAGGAGCUCCCACCAAGCCCAGAGAAGAAAACAAAGCCUUUGGCCACCACUCAACCUGCAAAGACUUCAACAUCGAAAGCCAAAACACAGCCCACUUCUCUCCCUAAGCAGCCAGCUCCCACCACCAUUGGUGGGUUGAAUAAAAAACCCAUGAGCCUUGCUUCAGGCUUAGUACCAGCUGCCCCACCCAAACGCCCUGCCGUCGCCUCUGCCAGGCCUUCCAUCUUACCUUCAAAAGACGUGAAGCCAAAGCCCAUUGCAGAUGCAAAGGCUUCUGAGAAACGGGCCUCACCAUCCAAGCCAGCUUCUGCCCCGGCCUCCAGAUCUGGGUCCAAGAGCACUCAGACUGUUGCAAAAACCACAACAGCUGCCGCUGUUGCCUCAACUGGCCCAAGCAGUAGGAGCCCCUCCACGCUCCUGCCCAAGAAGCCCACUGCCAUUAAGACUGAGGGAAAACCUGCAGAAGUCAAGAAGAUGACUGCAAAGUCUGUACCAGCUGAUUUGAGUCGCCCAAAGAGCACCUCCACCAGUUCCAUGAAGAAAACCACCACUCUUAGUGGGACAGCCCCCGCUGCAGGGGUGGUUCCCACCCGAGUCAAGGCCACACCCAUGCCCUCCCGGCCCUCCACAACUCCUUCCAUAGACAAGAAGCCCACCUCGGCCAAACCCAGCUCCACCACCCCCAGGCUCAGCCGCCUGGCCACCAAUGCUUCUGCUCCUGAUCUGAAGAAUGUCCGCUCCAAGGUUGGCUCCACGGAAAACAUCAAGCAUCAGCCUGGAGGAGGCCGGGCCAAAGUAGAGAAAAAAACAGAGGCAGCUGCUACAACCCGAAAGCCUGAAUCUAAUGCAGUCACUAAAACAGCCGGCCCAAUUGCAAGUGCACAGAAACAACCUGCGGGGAAAGUCCAGAUAGUCUCCAAAAAAGUGAGCUACAGCCAUAUUCAGUCCAAGUGUGGUUCCAAGGACAAUAUUAAGCAUGUCCCUGGAGGUGGUAAUGUUCAGAUUCAGAACAAGAAAGUGGACAUCUCUAAGGUCUCCUCCAAGUGUGGGUCUAAGGCUAACAUCAAGCACAAGCCUGGUGGAGGAGAUGUCAAGAUUGAAAGUCAGAAGUUGAACUUCAAGGAGAAGGCCCAGGCCAAGGUGGGAUCCCUCGAUAAUGUGGGCCACCUACCUGCAGGAGGUGCCGUGAAGACUGAGGGCGGUGGCAGCGAGGCUCCUCUGUGUCCGGGUCCCCCUGCUGGGGAGGAGCCGGCCAUCUCUGAGGCAGCGCCUGAAGCUGGCGCCCCCACUUCAGCCAGUGGCCUCAAUGGCCACCCCACCCUGUCAGGGGGUGGUGACCAAAGGGAGGCCCAGACCUUGGACAGCCAGAUCCAGGAGACAAGCAUCUAAUGAUGACAUUCUGGUCUCGUCUUCCGUCUCCCCCGUGUUCCCCUCUUGUCUCCCCUGUUCCCCUCUCCCUUCCCUCCUCCCAUGUCACUGCAGAUUGAGACCUACAGGCUGACGUUCCGGGCAAAUGCCAGGGCCCGCACCGACCACGGGGCCGACAUUGUCUCCCGCCCCCCACACUUCCCUGGCGGCCCCAACUCGGGCUCCCGGGUCCUUGGCCCCCUUUCCCGGGCUGUCCACUAGACCAGUGAGCGCUUGGGCGCCGUGCUGGGCAGCCCGCUAGGCUCGCCUUCCCUCCUGCUUUGCGUGCCCGGGGCAGCAGCAGCCCUGCCCCACACCUCCUCUCACUCCCCAGCCUGGGCCCAUCUCCCUGCUUUGGUCUUGCCCCAUCACUGCGCCACUGCUCCGUGGAGGAGGUUGGGAGGGGGUUGGGGUGGUUGAGGCUAAGUUGGGAUCUAGGAGAGGAGAACCAGAUUCCAUCCUCAUCUUUUUUUGGUUCUUUGGUCCAAACCCAAAAGAAACUGACAUGCCCUCCCUCCUCCCUGGAUCUACCUGGAGGGAAAAGUGGAGGUGGAUUCCGAGUGGUGACAGGACGCUGACCGUGGAGCUUAAGCCACUGCCUCUCCCUCUGGUCCCACAAAUGGGCCCCCCCCGCCCCCAUGCAGGUGGUGUCGGGCCCUUCUUGCUGCCCUGCCCCAAGUUGGGGGUCAGUGCUGCCUGUCCCCAUGCUUAACAUACCUGCCUAGCUGCUGUCACAUUUUUCUUGUUUUGUCCUUUUAUUUUUUUCUAAAAACCUAAAAACUGGUGAAAUAGUUCUGCAGGUUGAAGCCAUGUCUACAUGAAAGUCCUCAGUAAGUGUUAGAGGGAACAGGGCGGAGAUAUCCUUAUGCCAACCCCGCUGGAGGAUGUGGGCAGCUUAGGGCCCUGGAGGCGGUGCGGCAGGGAAGAGGGGUGCAGAGGCUGUGGCUGGUGAGCCGGUGAGGCACACAAGGGGCUCUUGGAGCGUGGACUGGUUGGUUUUGCCAUUUUGUUGUGUGUAUGCUGCUUUUCUUUUCUAACCAAGAGGCUGGUUUUGGCAUCCCUGUCCCAUUCCCUGGGAUCUGGUGGUCAGCCCUAGCAUACAAAGCCAGGGCUGGAGAACAAGAAAGGGCCAGGAGAUGGAAUUCCUUCAGGCCGGCACCCGCACCCUAGGACAUGUAAGCCCUCAUGUCCAAGGGAGCCUCAUGCAGAUAGUAGGAAAUCAGGUCUGGAAAUUUAAAAAUAAAAGGCAUGAGACUAAGGCUAUCUGCUUCCCUUAUGCCCUGACUGGAGAGGGGAGGGAGGAGAGGCAAGGCCCACAGAGGGCAUCCCAGCUAGGCCUUGGGAUGGCUGCAGUGAGGAGAAAUCCCGGGAACUGUAUUGACACAAAGAUUCUUAUUGCACUUGUAUUUUUUGUAUUAAAGUUUGCAUGGUUUCUAAUAAAGGAUUCAAACAUAAGUUUGUAGUGAAAUGGCCUGGGAGAUUCCAAGGGCUUCUCUGGAGGGGGAUUGGCUGCAGUGUAGAUUUGCCUCUGAGGAGGCUGCCCCAGACUUGGCCUCCUCAGGCCCCCUCCUGACCUCUGCCCUUCUCUGGUCCUGGCAUCCCUUGGAGCUGGAGAAGGUAGGGGUCUUGACCUAGGUUUAGAUUUGAUCUCCAUGUGCAGGGAGGCUGUCCUGGGCCUGACAGGUCCUCCCCCUUUCUGAGGUAGCAGUGCCUUGUGGAGGUUUGACACCAUGUCCCUAGCUCCCCAAGCACACACCAGGAAACUGCAGGGGCUUACGGAGGAAGUGCUGCCUGGGCCAGGUGGACCAGCUUUCCUCCGUAGAGACCAUGUGCAGAACACUUCUGCUGUGCCCAGAACAUGAGGGAGCCAGUGUUUUGUCAGCAGGAAGAAAGGGCCUGCUGGGAUGAAAGUGGGAAGGAAACAGGGUUGGGUAGUCAGGAGACACCCCAGGGGCAACAGCACAGGCCCAGAGUACCUGCUGCCUCCACUGCAUCUGUCCUGGGGUCAUGAGGGUGCUGAGGUUGACGACAGGUUCCAGGUCCUUUCACUCCUUUGGCCAAAGGUUGGGGGUAGGUGGCCCAAGUGGUGUGCUCUCUAGGUAGACAACAGGAGUGGUCAGAGUUCCCUCGAAGGAUCCUCCACACCAGACCACCUGAGAAGGCCGGGACCAGAGGCCCUGUGUGAUGUGUACUCCGCAGCUGUUUGGGGUGGGACAUUUCUGUACUUCUCGAUUUGCUUAUGGCUCAGCCAUUACCUGUGUCAGUCCAUGAUUCUGUUGUAACAGUUUUAAGAGUAAAUAAAGCUGCCUGAUGUCCCAUCA